UAAAGAAUGAAGGCAACAAUAUAUUGGUUAGGUAAGUCUUGCCUUUAGUGAAAUAAGAAUUGCGUUAGUGCAAAGGCUAAUGAUCACAGAUGUGAUAAAGCACCUCACUGUAUGGUCUCCUUAAUUGGCCCCACAAGAUGGGAUUCCACUAGUCAGCUGGGCACCCCGGCUGUCAAUCAAACGUCAUCUUUAUAAGUCGCCACCCAAGCUGCUAAAUCUGCAGACAGAUAGAGGAUCCCCUGUGAUCACAGACUGAAGAUCGAUACAACAUUUAAUCAUUUUCAUACCCACCAAAACAUCGGUGUGAAAGUUUUUACAUUUUUUUUCCUUUUAUACAUUUUCUCUUUUUAAAUGAUGAACAAUCACUCUGGACACAAUUCAACGAUUAUGACCUGGUCAUACGACGACGGCGGCUCCUUCCAGCAUUUGGACCCUGGUGAGCUGAGGGUCCUCGUGCCGGCUAUCCUAGGCCUAAUUUGCGUCCUAGGUUCGGCUUGCAACUUUACCGCCGUGGCUAUCUUGUUCUCCAGCGCACACAAGGGCAAACUAUCCCUCAUCAACUCCCUCAUCUUCAACCUGAUGUUCGCUGAUGGCCUGGUGCUUCUCUUCAGCAUUCCUUUACGGGCUGUCGCAUACUCCAAAGCCUGCUGGACUCUUGGCUGGCCGGUGUGCAAGACCUCUGACUGGUUCCUCCAUUCCUGCAUGGCUGCCAAGAGCUUUACGGUGGCCGUAAUGUCUCAAGCCUGCUACCGUUACGUGUCCAACCCCACCAAGCAGGUGAGCGUCCACCUGGGUUCCAUCCUGGUGGUGCUCUUCUUCAUCUGGCUGUCGGCUUGCUCUGCCACCGUCCCUCACUGGCUCUUCUCCACGCUGCGGCGAGGACUCCACGGUCUCGUGUGCAUGCUGGAGGUCCCCCCUAAAGCAUGGAAAUUCAUGUCUGUAUACACAAAGGUGUACCCGCUGGCUGUCUAUUGCGCCCCUUUGAGUUUCUCCCUCAUAUACUUCUGGAAGGCUUACGGUCAAUGCCAGCGCCGCUCCACUAAGUCUCAGAAUCUGCGCACACAAAUCAAAUCCAAGAAGCUUACCUUGAUGCUCUUCAAUCUCACGGUCGCCGCCGCCGUACUGUGGCUUCCACAGUGGACUGUGUGGGUUUGGCAGCGCCACUCAGCUGACAGAGAAUCUCAAGGUUCGGUCUCAUCUCCUCCUGCUCUGAUCGCCGUCUCGGCUCAGCUGCUCGCCUUGUCUUUGUCGCUCGUCAACCCCCUCAUCGUGCUCGCGCUCUCCGAGGAGUUCCGAGAGGGCUACCGCGGGCUGUGGAGGCGCCUCACCCUACGCAAGCAGCCUCCCCCCAAACCCGGACCUCACAACCCUACCUCGCUCCAGUCGCCUCGCCCCAGACCUGAGACAUCUGGCCACCGGAGGCAUGAGGAGGGCGCCGAGCCGGGAACCAGCAACGAUCUUCGGGUGAAGCAAGGCGAGGCGAUGGGAGGAGGGAACGUCGACAAAGAUGGGCUCGUUUUGCCGGAUGUGGAGCAAUUCUGGCACGAGAGGGAGUCCGGAUCGCACUUGGAUGAAAACGACCCAGUGCCGUGGGAGCAUCAGGACCACCAAGAGAGAAAUUAACAUCCUCGAGUCAAGAUGAUUCAUCUAUCGGUGAAUUGGAUUGAACAGUAAAAUCAAUGGUGUUAUUAUGUGUCUUUUUAGUGCAAAAUACCAGUAAAUAUAGUGUGAAAUGUAAAUUGCUUGUUGAAUGAUUUUAAAGUAGUGGGGACAAUUGAAGUAACACGUAUAGAGAAUAUAAACUACAUGGAAUGUAGAAAGACUUGAUUUUUAAUAAGUGAAUGUUUCCAUUUGUGAAGAAAAAAUGAAUUAUAAGUUUACCUUAAAAAAAGUAACAUUACAUUUACUCAUUCAGUAUGUGGUGGUUGCACAAAAUAAUUUUAAAGAAGAAAAUUAGCUUUGUUAUGUUGAAUGAAGAAUUUUGAAGGUUGAAGGUUAGAAAAACGUUUAGAUUAACAUUUAUUUCAAACAAUUGACAUAAAAAGUAAAUAAUCACACAAAUAUUCUUCUGUGUUCUAACAAUAACCAAAGUGGCAAAAAAACACACACACACACACAAAAAAAAUAUAUAGAAAGAAAAUAUAGAAAAAAAUAUACUUUUUCUCCCCCCAGAGUCAAGUGUUGAUAAUCUGAUUUAUUUAUAGAGAGGAAGAACGUAAGAACAUGAAGGUGAAAAUAGAAUGUGGUUUUUUUUUUUUUAAAUCGUGUCAUUAUCAUUUUUAACGAAGUUAUGAAUUUUCCCAAAUUAUUCAAGUGCAAGUGUAUAAAUUGACUGUUGUAUCUUAUUCUAGAAGUUGCAAAAUCUUGAAAACCUUUAUAAGCCAAGUAUAUAUGUGUUAUUGAUUGUGUGUGUGUUUUUUUUUUU